AUGACUCCUCUGGUGUUUGCUGGCUGUGUGACAUGUCUGCUCCUGGGAACAGUGGCUUAUUCUCGGGUUCAGGAACCGUCUGCAUCUUUACAUUUUAAAUCAGUUCUUGUAGGACAGGAAGUGACUUUAAAAUGUUUUCAUCGAGGAGCUCUGGCAGAUUACUUUUUCUGGUUUAAACAACCUCUAGGACAGAAACCACAACUCAUGUCUAGGAUUUUAAAUUCUGAGAAAAAUGGGUAUUUUGAAAAUCCUUUCAAGAACGAUCCACGGUUUGAACUGGAGACAGAAAAAAACAGAAGCCAAUUGAAAAUCUCAAAUGUGGAAAUGUCAGACUCUGCUACUUACUACUGCAUCAGCUCUUUUUCUUACACAUUCACAUUUUUGGAGGGCUUUAGUGUCCAUGUGAAGAACUCUUCUUCUUACAUCCAGACUUCAGUGGAUCAGUCGUCCUCUGAGAACAUCCAUGCAGGAGACUCUGUGACUCUGAACUGUACAGUACACACUGGGAGCUGUGAUGGAGAACACAGAGUUUACUGGUUCAAAGACUCUGAAGACUCUCAUCCAGGACUCAUUUACACUCAUAGAGGCAGGAAGGAUCAGUGUGAGAGAAAGAAGAACACACAAACACACAGCUGUGUCUAUGAACUGCCCAUGAAGGAUCUGACUGAGUCUCAUGCUGGGAUCUACUACUGUGCUGUUGUCUCAUGUGGGCACAUACUGUUUGGAAACGGAACCAAACUGGACCUCACAGGUCAGCCAAACUCUUGGUUGGUUUAUUAUUUAACUGGAUCUUUGACCUUCAUGAGCGUCCUUGUUGUUUUUUUGAUUUACAAGAUUAGGAAACAAAUGUGCUGCCAGUCUAAAGGUACAGAAGCUAUUAAUCUCAGUAACAAAAACAAAGACUCAGAAAACCUCCAUUAUUCUGCCGUAAAUGUCAAGAGGUCCAACAGAUCCAGAAGACAGAAGAACAACUUGAACACAGAAUGUGUUUAUACGACUGUGAGACAACAGAACUGAACCUGGUUCACAUAAAAUCAGCUGAAGUUAUA